CAACAGCACCUCCAAGUUGCCAUUAUCAAAAACCCAUCUCACUAGAAUUAAAUAAAUUAAGGUGGUCCUUAGCCACCAUUAUUAAUUUCUUUCUCUCUUCCAUCUUCCAUCUUCCAUCUUUCGUUUACAACUUUCACAAGAAUCACAAUACACCGAGAGGCUGAACUGCGGGCAGAUAGAUCAUCUUUUUUCUUAAGGGUUCCAUCCUUAAAGAAAAUUUAAUGUGGCGGAUGUUGGUUGUAAUGAAGAGAAACCUUCAAAACAUUAGGAAGAGUCCAAGAGUAGCUGACGAAAACAUGUUUAAUAUUAAUGGAGCUGAGCUACCAAUCUUGGUGCAUGAUAUGAACAUAAGAAGAAGAUCCUCACAUCGUGGAUGGAAUGCUUUCUCGCUUAUUUAUGCUCUUGUACGUGCUCCACUUUCUAUUGUUUCUUGUUUCUCUCAACCUCAUGUUAAUGGUGCUGAUGGCGUCUGGGUUUCUGGUGAAUUUGCUCAGAUUUCUGAAAUGAAUCACCUUAUGGUAAGUGACAGCAUGCGCUAUGCAAUCUUGAUGUAAAUUCACAUCACCACGUAUGGAUCCUAGCUAUAGUUAUAUACAUGUUUUAGGCAAUUAAUUAGAACACUAUUUCUAUUACUAUUGGCAAGCAAAUCGAUGUAUACAUCCAUCAAUUGUCAGCAGCUUUACUUGCAUGGAGCUAUCAGCUAUGGCUUAGGCUGGUUUUAUUUUUUCUCCUUUUUAGAUUGUCAACCAUGUAAAUCUCUUUUUCUUUUUUUCACUCUCUUUUGGUGGAGAUAAACAGGUAUCCAUAUAUCAAUGGAGUUUUGCGAGCUGUGAAUCAAUAAAGUCUCUUUUUUUUCUGGGUUUAA